UUAAUUAUUAGAAUACCGAAAUACUAUUGGUAUCACGUGAAGUUCUUUCACCAAAUCAUCCAGUAACGUUUCUUUUUUCCCCCUUUCUUUUUUUUUUUCGUCAUGCCGUUAAAGCAUCGGAUGGAAUCCUUACCUAACUUUCACACAGAAAUUAAUGAGCAGUUUUUAAAUUUUUAGUCUUCCAUUAGGCUACAUCAGCCAUUUCAGUGAUCUUUAAUGUAUAUUUUUGUUAUUAUUUUUUUCAUUUUCUUCUUCAAGAUUCACUUUAUAUAUUUCUUUUUUCACACAUAUAGACACACGAACACACACACACACACACACACACACACACACACACACACACACACACACACACACACACACGAACACACGAACACACACACACACACACACAAAAGAAAACAUAUGCGCGCGCACGCACCCAUACACGCCCACAUCUACCCUCUUUGCCACGCUUUCACAAAUACUUAUUUACUCCUUUUAUAUCGUUACAAUGAUUACGUCAACGAGAAAACUAUACCAUGGGAUUCUAUUUCUCAUUUGAAAAAAAAUCUCCACAGCAAUAUGAAAACGAAUAAAAGACGCGAAGAAAAUAAAGCAAACCGAGGGUACCAAAGAAUAAUUUUAAGAAUUCAGAAGAAGAAACAAUGAAAAAUAAAUUUAAAAGAAAAAUUAUAUCAAUGCCGUAGACAAUGAACAUGCGUAAAUGGAAUUUUAUCAUCAAGAUUAUAAACGUAAGUUAAAUUUCACUUAAAGAUCAAAAGCUGGAUUACAAAAAGAAAACCAGAAUCUCCUUGCCAAUGUAAAAUUUAUUUUUAUGCUUCAAAUCAGAGAAAAAUACGUAAAAAAAUCAUAAUCCAUCUACAUUAAGUAUAACUUCCAGAUAUCCGUCUUUCUAUAUGUACAUUCAAAUUAUAUAAAAGUUCUCCAAUAUCUACAUUUAUCUCUAGUGGAGAUAGACUAUGUCUGAGAAGAAAAAAGAUGGAAUGAUCACGCCUAGAACGGAUCAUAGGCUAGCGUCAUCAGAGCUGAACUGGAGUUAAAUAACAACAUAAUUUAUAACACUAGCCAAGUAAAUGCAAAUUUACUCUGAAGUGUCUUUAAUAAUAAUAGCAAGUUUAUGCGUAUAUGUAUAACAUUUCAUAGUAUUUUCAAUCCCGAGCUUACACCCCACAACAUAACACACACACACACACACACACACACACACACACACACACACACACACACACACACACACACACACACACACACACACCCACACACGCACGCACACACACUCACACACACACACACACACACACACACACAUACAUACAUACAUACAUAAUUCGUGUUGCAGAAAUGUGAAACAAUUACAAAAAAUCCUGUUGACCAUUCAUAUAACUACAUACAUACAUACAUACAUACAUACAUACAUACAUACAUACGUACGUACAUAACUUUCUACAACAACAUCGAAAUGAUGGAUUUUGAAACAGCUUACCCUAUUGGUUUAUACCAAGAAGAUAGGGAUCCGUACCAAACAAUGCAUUCUCAAUCUAUAGAUGCAAAUCCAGUUUAUCACCUACGAGAUACAUCAAUUGAUUCUACCCCGUCUGGGUCAUACAAUUCGCUGAAUGAAGGACCAAAUGCCCAAACUAACAGAAAUUUACCCUGGAGUAUAUUUGACAAUGCAGUGUCUUCGCAAUAUGCUACAACUGGAUAUUAUACGACACUCACUGAACCUAAUGAUUUGCAAAUACAGCAGCAGCAACAAACAUCAUUGCAGCAAAAUACUCAUCAACAUCAUAGUCACCACCAACGUGACCAUCAUCAUCAUCAUCAUCAACCACAGCAGCAGCAACAACAACAAUCUCACGUAACGCCAUUGACCGAACUACAUCACCAAGGCCAAUACACAUAUAAUUUGCAACAUCACACAUCUCUUCAAAAUGCUGAGAUUGAUUUAUCAGCAACAUCGUUUCCAGUAGAAGUUUGCCAUAGUCCUUCCAAAUACAACAGUUUAUCGAUUUUCCAUCGACCAGGAAGAACGCGUAUUAGACAAAUGUCCAAGUCUACUGACAGCAGUCGUGAGGGAGCCACGGAACGGGAACGAACCCGAAUGCAUAUGCUUAACGACGCCUUCGAUGAUCUUCGACGUGUUGUUCCUAAGUCGAAUCUAAGUGAACAUCAAAAGCUAUCAAAGAUAGCUACUCUCCGAUUAGCAAUUCAUUAUAUAUCAGCAUUGGCUAGUAUAUUAAAGAGUACUGGUGCCGACAUCAAGUUGAUAAAAGACACCACCUCAAUCGAUGGUCGAGGACGUCGCCGAACUGGAAGAAAGAGAAAACUUUCAUAUAAUGUCGAUACAAAAACUUAAUUGAAUAUAUAGCCAAGAAGUGUGAGUGGACUGUUAGUAAUAAAUGCAGAUAUCAUCAGAAAAAGUCAAUUAAAAUUCAUUAAAAUGACAGAUUUAUCGAACUUUCAAAGCGAUCAAAUUGUUGGUGCUCGUAAUGCAGGUGCUAGCGUAAUGAAAACAGCCGAAAUGUUUGAUGUAUCAAGAAGUACUGUCUCAAAAGUAAUAAUAGCUUUUCAGAAUGAGAAAACAACCUCUUCGUUGAAACAAAACUCUGGAAGAAAACCAAAACUUUCAGAUAGGGACCGUCGAACUCUUACGCAAAUUGUUACAAAGGAUCACAAGAGUGCAGCUCCCAAAGUUACUACAGAGCUUAAUGACCACAUCGAGAACCAAGAUCCAUAAAAACUGUUAGCCGGGGGCUGCAUAAAGCCGGAUUUCUCGAGAGAGCUGCAAACAGAAACCACUACUUUCAAAAACAAAAGCUGCAAAGCGUUUGGAGUGGAGUAAAAACCUACAGAAUUGGUCCCUAAAACAGUGAAAGAAUGUUAUUUUCUCGGACGAGUCAUCUUUCACUUUAUUUCCGACCACCGGCCGAGUAUACGUGUGGAGACAGCCAAAAGAAGCAUUUGAUCCUGACUACCUUCUUCCAACUGUUAAACAUGGAGGAGGAUCUGUGAUAAUCUCGGGUGCGCUAUAUCUUAGAAAUCCGCCGGUCCAAUGGUUUCCCUGUAGCAGAAUUAAUAGUCAAGACUAUUUAAGCAUUUUAUCUGAUCAAAUUUAUCCUAUGGUUGCGGAACUAUUUCCGGAGGGAAACGCAAUCUUUCAGGAUGAUAAUGCACCAAUUCACACCGCUAAAGUUGUUAUUGAAUGGCACGAGGAGCAUUCUAGUGAAGUUGAACAUCUUAUCUGGCUACCACAGUCCUCAGAUCUUAAUAUUAUUGAACAUUUAUGGUACAUUUUAGAAAAACAAGUGAGGAGUCGAUAUCCUCCACCAUUAUCACUACAAGAACUGGUGACUGUUUUAGCUGAAGAAUGUACAAAAAUUCCUUUGGAAAGAGUUCAAACUUUGUACGAGUCCAUACCUCAUAGAAUUCAAGCUGUAAUUACUGUCAAAGCAGUCCUACCCUAUAUUAAAAUAAAUUUGUUUGAAAUUUUAA